AUGGCGUCGGCUCCAGCGGGUAAAGCAGAGAGUUUUAACCCAGAUGUGGAACCUUAUGAGGUUUAUAGGGAGCGUAUUGAUCAAUAUUUCAUAGCAAAUGACAUUAACAAUGAAAGGAAGAAGGUUGCUGUCUUGCUAUCGGUCAUGGGUGCCAAGGAAUAUGGGUUACUCAAAAGUCUUGUAGCGCCAAGGAGAGUUCCAGAACUUUCACUUGAUGAGAUUGAUGCAGUAUUGAAAGAGCACUACAACCCCACACCCCCUGUUAUGCUUGAGAGAUACAGAUUCUACAAAAGAAACCAGGGACAUGAUGAGACGAUUGCAGUGUAUCUGGCUGAGCUGAAAAAGAUGGCUGAGACGUGUGAUUUCAGAGUGUUUCGCAGUGAGGCGUUGAGAGACAGAUUCGUUUGUGGUUUAGCAGACCGGAACAUUCAGAAGCGUCUACUGUCGGAAGAUAACUUGACCAUCGACAAGGCUGUCAAAUUGGCUCUUAGUAUAGAGGCAGCUAGUAAGAACGCUGAAGUGUUACAGCCAGGUGAUUCGAAAAGUAGAUCCAGCUACGUGAACUAUGGGAAGUCUACCAAUGAUUGCUACUGUUGUGGAAGAAAAGGACAUGUAAAGAAACAGUGCAGGUACAAAGACUACACUUGUGAAAUUUGUCAUCGUAAAGGACACUUGAAACAAGUCUGUAAGGAUAAGAGUAGUAGUCUUAAGUCAAAGUCAGGUAGAGAGAAAGAGCAAAAGAAAGAAAAGUCUCACAAACCAAAGUAUAAGAGUAGAAGAAAGUCAAGAGUAGGGGUAAGCCAUGUAGAGGGUGAUCAGGUAGAAACAAGUAGUGUUGGAAGUUCAGAGUCAAACACAAGUGAUGAUGAAGAUGUAUAUCACAUUAGAGUCCAUAAGGUAAAUAGAAGUGUUCAACCUAUCAUGGUCAAUGUUGAAAUAGAAGGUACAAAAAUACCGAUGGAAGUUGAUACAGGCUGUGGUGUUUCUAUCAUAAGUCAAGCUGUGUUUGAAAAGCAUUUCAAGCAGAAAGUACAGGUACAGAAGUGUGGAGUAAAACUCAAGACAUUUACAGAAGAGAAAAUACCUGUAUUGGGUAAAUGUGUGGUAGAUGUCAACUAUCAUGGUCAAAGAAAGAGAUUACCAUUAAUUGUUGUAAAGAAUAAUGGUCCAACUUUACUGGGUAGAGAUUGGUUGUGGACAAUUCGUCUGCAGUGGAAAGAAAUAUUUUCUGUCCACCAUGCGUCACAGUGUAGUUCACCACAAGACAGAAUAGAGAAGAUAGUAGCUAACAGUGAUGUCUUUGACAAUAAUGUUGGGAGAGUUAAAGGGGUUCAAGCCAAAUUGAAAGUGAGAAAUGAUGUAGAGCCAAAGUUCUUUAAACCCAGGCCUAUUCCUUUUGCACUCAAAGACAAAGUAGCUGAGGAAAUUGAUAGGUUAGUGAAAGAAGGGAUACUAGAACCAGUGGAGUUUUCAGAUUGGGCUGCUCCUGUUGUACCGGUCCAAAAGCCGGAUGGUAGAAUUAGGCUUUGUGGUGAUUACAAAGUUACCAUUAAUCCACAGUUAGAAGUGAAAGAAUACCCUAUGCCUAGACCCGAAGAGCUUUUUGCUAGCCUUCAAGGUGGGAAGAAGUUUACAAAGCUUGGUUUGAAGAAUGCUUAUCAACAAGUUGACUUAGAGGAAAAAUCAAGACAAUAUGUUACAAUUAACACACAUCUAGGAUUAUUUAGGUAUACAAGGUUACCGUUUGGAGUGAGUUCGGCCCCGGCCAUAUUCCAGGAAUGCAUGGAUAAGAUACUACAUGGUCUGCAAGGAGUUGGUUGCUACCUGGAUGAUAUCAUAGUCACAGGGUCGAAUGACCAGGAACAUGCCUCCAACCUGGAAAGGGUUUUAAAGAGGCUUAGCCAGUUUGGACUAAGGCUGAAGCAGUCCAAGUGUGUAUUUCUUCAGAAGUCGGUGGAGUACCUAGGGCACGUUGUAGAUGCAGAGGGGUUACACCCGUCCCCGUCCCGUGUUGAAGCCAUUGCAUCAGCAUGCCCGCCUAGAGAUGUCUCUGAAGUACAGUCCUUCAUAGGGAUUGUCAAUUAUUAUCGAAAGUUCAUUCCAAAUUUGGCAUCUAUUUUGGAACCUAUAGAUGAGCUGAAGAAGAGUAAGCAGAUGUUUGUCUGGACAGACAAAUGCCAAGAAGCCUUUGACUUGGUUAAGAAGAUCCUAAGCUCUAAUCAAGUAUUGUGUUACUUCGAUCCAAGCAAAGAGGUAACUCUCGCAGUGGAUGCGUCACCCUACGGGAUAGGAGCUGUUAUCUCCCAUGUGACGGAAGGAGCUGAGGCACCCAUUGCCUAUGCAUCCAGAAAGUUGACUAAGGCCGAGACAAAUUAUUCUCAACUAGAAAAGGAAGCACUUGCCAUUGUCUACGGUGUGAGAUUUUUCCAUCAGUAUCUUUGUGGUAGGAAGUUUACACUUCUGACCGACCACAAACCAUUGACCUUUCUCUUGGGACCAAAGAAAGGGAUUCCUGUGCUUGCAGCAUCACGGUUGCAACGUUGGGCUAUUUUGCUCUCAGGAUACGUGUACGAAAUUAAAUAUCGUACUUCUAAGCAGAAUGCAAAUGCUGAUUUUCUGUCACGUCUUCCCAGUUCUGGAAAGAUUGAGAGCCAGCAGGAUGAGUUUGUCGUCAAGUGGACUGAAGAGGCUACUAAGACGAAUGAGGCAAAGUUGAAGUCCUUGCCGAUUACAGCCGAGAAGAUACGACAGGCCUCGGAGAAGGAUAAGACCUUGUCAAGAGUUCGGAUAUUUGUCCUGAAUGGAUGGCCACGUCGAGACGAGCUAUCACCAGAUUUCGAUGCGUGGCUAAGGAAGAAAGAUGAGAUGACGGUGGAAUCAGGUUGUUUGUUGUGGGGAACAAGGGUUAUUAUCCCAGAAUGUCUGCAGCAAUACAUCUUAGAAGAACUCCACCGAGGUCAUCAAGGAAUGGUGAAGAUGAAGAGUCUUGCUCGGAUGCAUGUGUAUUGGCCAGGUCUUGAUCAGGAUAUUGAACGAUUGGUACAAUCUUGUGCACCAUGCCAAGCCAUGCAGACUUUACCAUCUGCAGCUCCGGUGAAUCCUUGGGCAUGGCCCUCACAGCCAUGGCACAGAGUACAUAUUGACUUUGCUGGACCAUUUUUGGAUCAGAUGUUCUUGUUAGCUGUCGAUGCUCACAGUAAAUGGCCAGAGGUCAUUCCCAUGAAAUCUACAACAGCUUCAAAUACCAUUAGAGUUCUGAGAAGUCUAUUUUCACGACAUGGUCUUCCCAUGGAAGUGGUAUCGGAUAACGGACCCCAGUUCGUUGCAGAGGAGUUUUCUAUCUUCUUGAAGAAGAAUGGAAUCCAGCACAUCAAGUCUGCCGUGAAGCACCCAGCUUCUAAUGGGGAAGUGGAACGUUUUGUUCAAACCUUCAAGAAGGCCAUGAAGAAAGCAAGAUCAGAUGAAGGUGAUGUGCGUCUGAAGUUGGAUAGGUUUUUGUUGUCAUACAGAACCACUCCUCAUGUGGUUACUCAAGAAACACCAGCCAAGAUGCUUAUGGGGAGAGAGUUGAGGACACGCCUGAGUCAAGUGAGACCAGAUUUAGGCUUGAAGCUACAACAGAAGAGAGCUCCCAAGAAAGAUAGAGUGAGGAUGUUUGAGGUUGGAGAACAAGUAAGGGUUCUUGAUUUUCGGAUCAAUGCUGAUAGGUGGUCUGAAGGUGUGGUGACCAAAGUCCUUGGUCCAGUGACUUAUCAGGUUGCGGUUGAUAGUUUUCUGUGGAAAAGGCAUGUUGAUCAGAUCAGAAAGAUGGUACAGCAUGUAGAUUCCAGGUUGAGGUUGGAGCCAUUCAAACCAACGGUACCAAACACAGAUAUGCACAGAGAUCAUAUCACAAUCACAGACACCUCAACAGACAAAGACUUGCCAAACACACCAAGUACAUCACAGAAACAUACAUCUCAAUCACCUCAGAAAAUCACUCCAACUCAACAGAACAGUCAGACAGAGCACCAGCCAAACAAAGAACAAAUCUUGCGUCGUUCAAAACGUCAAAUCACAAAACCAGAUCGGUUAAAUUUGUAA